GGCAGCUCUUUUGACCCGGAAGUGACAUCAACAAGUUCUUCCUGCAACAAGACCGGCAACAUGGCAGCGGACACGCAGGUUUCAGACACGCUGAAGAAAUUUGCUGUAAAAGUGACAACAGCCAGCAUUAAAGAGCGCAAGGAGAUAUUUGGAGAAUUGAAAGAGUGUCUGAAGAGUAAAGAGUUACCAGAACCGGCUGUGAAAGGGCUAUGCAAGCUGUUCUGCCUCACUCCUCACAGAUAUCGAGAUUCUGCAUCGCGCAAAGAGCUGCUUUCUGUCAUCGGCCAGCUGGCUGAGCGUCAGCCUGAUGUCCUGGUAACCAGCCUCCUCCACUCUCUUCUGAAUAGUGGAGUCAUCAGCAAAAAUGGCGAGCCCAGUAAAAGCACAGGCUCAGCCGCCUUUAUUGGCUUGUCUUGGACCUGCCUUUUAGUCACCAGAGUGUUUUCUGCCCCAGAGAAAAGAUCAGGGGCCACCUGGAAGAAAAUGGUGGAGGUUCAGAGCCUUCUUGUGGCCGAGGUGAUGGGUGGGGCCAAGAACAAGGCCACGAAAUCAAGCCUCAAGAAUCUCAGUCACCUCUGGGAGGAAAAGCCUGAGCUGGUUGAUGAGUACAUCAGCACGCUGUUGACUCUGGACCAGAGCCCCACAACUCUGGCCAUGCUGGGGGUGUGUUUAGACUUCUGCACUGCUCACAAAGACAAAGCCACUAUAGAGAAGCAUAAGAGUGCCCUGCUGGACCUUUACAUGAAAUCAACCCUCAUGAGCAAAACAAAACCACAGCAGCACAUCUUGGACAAAAGCAACUCAUUGCUGCGGCACGUGACCCACUCAGAAUUUAAGGACCUGUUGCUACCCGCUCUGCAGAAGACGAUGCUCCGCAGUCCAGAGAACGCUAUGCAAACCAUCUCCUGCCUGCUGUCAGCUGUGACUCUGGAUCUCAGUCAGUAUGCCAUGGAUAUUGGAAAGGCCAUAGCAAGUCAGCUGAAAGCUAAUAAUGCUCAGCUGAUGGAAGAAGCAGUCCAGGCCAUGCAGAACCUGGCCCAGCAGUGCAGUGACCCCAGCGCUGUGCAGGACAUUGUCACACACCUCUUCAAGAUCCUUGGAGGUUCUGAGGGAAAACUCACAGUUGUUGCUCAGAAAAUGAGCGUGUUGUCAGGGAUCGCCAGCUGCAGCCAUCAUGCAGUGUCAGGAAGCUCCAGCCAGACUCUGAGCUCCGAAGUUACUGUGAUGUUCAUCCCAUAUUUACAGCAAGAAGUUCAUGAGGGAACCCUGGUGCAUGCAGUGUCUGUGCUGUCCCAGUGGAGCAGUCGCCUCACAGCAGAAGUUCCCACCGCUCUGCUGGACUGGUUGAAAAAAGCUUUCACUCUCAAGACCUCCACCUCUCUGGUCCGACAUGCCUACCUUCAGGCCAUGCUGGGGGCCUUCAGAGGUGACACUCUGGCCCAAGCCUCAGACCUCAUACCCUUGCUCCUCCAAACGGUUGAGAAAGCUGCUGCACAAAACUCCCAGCAUGCUCUGCUCGCUGAGGGUGUGGCGGCUUCUGUUCUUUUAAGUCGGCUGUCGCUGCAGGAGACACAAACCGAAGUUAAAUUCACCAGCUUCUGGAACCUCAUCUUGGAUGAAAAGAAGUCACUUUUCACAACGGAGAAGUUCCUCUGCCAGGGGAGUGAAGAGACUCUGCUUACGGUGCUGCUGCUCUGUGAAAGGCUGUUUUUGGACCAUGCCCACAGACUGAACACCAGCAAAUCAAAGAUGUAUCAUUACGCCGUAGUUGCUAUUCUGCUGUCUCGAAGCUGGCGUGUGAGGAAGAGGGCACAGCAGACCGUCAAGAAGCUGCUCUCCUCCCUGGGUGGAUCCAGUCUUGCCCACGGCCUUCUGGGAGAACUUAGAGUGGUCAUCAACAAACACAAAGUUUUGCCCCAGGACGUCCUGGUGUCCGAAUCAGGAGAGCUGACUGAGCUGGGUCGCAGCUACGUUUCCCCUCGUGUGCUGCUGGACGCACUGUGUGCUGUGUGUUCCUCAGCCAGCCAGUGGGGGGACCCUGUUGAAGCAGAGAAUUUGGCCAUGGAAAUCCUCAUCGUCACUCAUCAUCCAUCCAUAGUCAAAGCUCGCAGUGGGCUGUGGCCUGUUCUGCUCUCAUCCAUGAAGAUAAACACAGAAGAUUUCAUAGAAAAGAAUCUUGAAGCUAUUCUGCCACAUCUGCUGCAGGUCAACGUUGACAGCCAGGCAGUAAAAAAUGCAGUCGGUGCCCUCUCUGGUCUCUCCCCCAACAAGCUGUUGCCGCGGGUGAUCAGUCAUGUCAUCGAAGGGCUCUCCCAACCCACUCUGCUUCAGGUCACCAGGGAAGAGUACGCCAUCAUGCUAACACCUGACGGAGAGCUAUACGAUGACAGCAUCAUCCAGAGCGCCCAGAAGGAAAACACCAAGAAAGUGAACAUGAAGAGAGAGAACAAGGCGUACUCCUACAAGGAGCAGAUCAUUGAGUUGGAGUUACAGGAGGAGCUAAAGAAGAAAAAGGGCAUCAAAGAUGAGGUGCAGCUAACCAGCAAACAGAAGGAAAUGAUCCAAAUCCAGCUGGAAAAGGAGUCGGCUGUUCGCAAAAGACUUCGGGGGAUGGAUGUGGAGCUGCAGAGCGUGGUGGGUUUGCUCGAGGCCACUCUGAAAGAGAAACCAGCUCAGAUCACCAGAGAGCUCCCCGGGGUCCUCCAAGUCCUGAUGCCCCUGCUCCACUCCCCUCUGGCUGCUCCUCGUAUUCAGCAGGUCUUCUUGGACAUAGGAGUGUGCCUCAUGCCCAAACACCUGCAUCAUCUGGCUCUGCUUGUGGGUCAUGUGACUUUACGGUUGCUGAAGCCUGAAUGUGAUCUGGACCAGGCCUGGGGAGAGGAGGACCUGAACACAGCAGCCCACCGCACUGUGCUGCUGCUGCAUAACUACACUGUCCCACAGAGAGAAGGCAAAGCUGGAGACGUGGCUCCCCUGUCUGCUCCUGCUUUCUCCUUCUGCUUCCCCCUCCUCAACGCCACACUCAGGGAGUCAUCGGACAGCACCGAGGAGACGGAGAACAUGAUGAUCAGAGCGCUGCAGGUCGUCAACGAACACUCACAGCUUCGGGCCAACACAGACAACGAUGACCUUGUUAUAGACGAGAACGGACCAGAAUUACUUCCACGUGUCAACAUGCUGCUGCUUCUCACCAGAGUUAUUUCUACAGCCACACCGAGACUCCAGGUGUUGGCAUCUCAGUGCCUGACAGCGCUGUGCACCAGCGGUGGAGGAGGAGACGGCUGUACCGUUGCUGAGCAGCCAGAGAUCGACGUCCUCCUCAACGCCCUGCUUUCCCCCUGCUUCUCUGUCCGGGAUGCUGCCCUCAGGGGAUUGUUGGAAAUGGAGUUUGCCCUGCCAACAGACAGCACAGAGACCAGUGGGAUGAGUUUGCUGCGCAGGCUCUGGGUUGCCAGGUUUGAUGUUGAAGCGGAAGGACGUGCUUUGGCUGAAAAACUCUGGGAGUCUCUGGAUCUGGAGUUGGUCCCUGAGAUCUGCUCCCUGCUGAUCGGAGACAUCACUCACCAUGAGGAGGCCAUCCGAUCUGCUGCAGCAGAAGCUCUGUCCAAUGCCGUGUCCCAGUACAGAGACCAGUCUGCUUCAGUGCUUGGCCAGCUCACUGAACUCUAUCAUCAGAAGCUUUAUAGGCCACCUCCUGUGCUGGAUGCACUUGGUAGAGUCAUCUCUGAAGCUCCACCUGACCAGUGGGAAGCCAGGUGUGGCAUUGCUUUGGCUCUGAACAAGCUGUCACAGUACCUGGAUGAAUCCCAGGUCACGCCUCUCUUUCUUUUCUUUGUCCCUGAUGCUCUGAAUGAUCGUCACACUGAGGUGCGGCGCUGCAUGCUGGAUGCCGCCCUCUCAGCUCUUAACACACAUGGCAAGGAUAACGUGAGCUCCCUCCUGCCAGUGUUUGAGGAGUUUCUGAAGAACGCCCCGCAGGAUGCCAGCUACGACUCUGUUCGUCAGAGUGUGGUUAUUCUCAUGGGAUCCUUAGCCAAACAUCUGGACAAAAGCGACCCUAAAGUCAAACCCAUUGUGGCCAAGCUUAUCACUGCUCUUUCUACGCCUUCACAGCAGGUCCAGGAGUCAGUGGCCAGCUGCUUACCUCCUUUAGUCCCUGCCAUCAAGGAGGAUGCUGCAGGAAUUGUGCAGAACCUGCUGCAACUCCUGCUGGAGAGUGAUAAGUAUGCAGAGAGGAAGGGAGCAGCUUAUGGACUGGCUGGCCUGGUCAAAGGUCUUGGGAUUCUGGCGCUCAAACAGCAGGACAUAAUGACCACACUAACUGAUGCCAUCCAGGACAAGAAGAACUUCAGACGGAGGGAAGGAGCCCUGUUUGCCUUUGAGAUGCUGUGUAACAUGCUGGGGAAGCUGUUUGAGCCAUAUGUUGUCCAUGUGCUGCCACACCUCUUGCUCUGCUUUGGGGAUGGAAACCAGUAUGUCAGAGAGGCUGCAGAUGACUGUGCCAAGGCUGUGAUGAGGAACCUGAGCGCUCACGGGGUGAAACUGGUCCUCCCCUCCCUGCUGGUGGCUCUGGAGGAGGAGUCAUGGAGGACUAAAGCAGGGUCGGUGGAGUUGUUGGGUGCCAUGGCUUACUGUGCUCCCAAACAGUUGUCCUCCUGCCUGCCAAGCAUCGUGCCUAAGCUGACAGAGGUGUUGACUGAUUCCCAUGUGAAGGUGCAGAAGGCCGGCCAGCAGGCCCUCCGACAGAUUGGCUCUGUCAUCCGCAACCCUGAAAUCCUGGCCAUCACUCCCAUCCUGUUAGACGCCCUCACAGAUCCAUCCAGAAAGACCCAGACUUGCCUGCAGACGUUACUUGACACCAAGUUUGUACAUUUCAUUGAUGCCCCCUCCCUGGCUCUCAUCAUGCCCAUCGUCCAGAGAGCCUUCCAGGAUCGCUCCACUGACACCCGCAAGAUGGCCGCUCAGAUCAUCGGCAACAUGUACUCUCUCACUGACCAGAAGGAUUUGUCACCAUACCUGCCGAGCGUUAUUCCUGGGCUGAAGGCCUCCCUGUUGGACCCAGUGCCUGAGGUACGUACGGUCUCUGCAAAAGCCUUGGGUGCCAUGGUGAAGGGGAUGGGUGAGUCCUGCUUUGACGACCUGCUGCCGUGGCUCAUGGAAACUCUGGCAUCUGAGCAGAGCUCUGUGGACCGAUCUGGAGCUGCACAAGGUCUGGCGGAGGUGAUGGCUGGACUGGGAGUAGAGAAGCUGGACAAGCUGAUGCCGGAUGUGGUGCAGACCGCCAGCAAGGUGGACAUUGCCUCCCACGUCAGAGAUGGCUACAUCAUGAUGUUCAUCUACCUGCCUCUCACCUUUGGAGAUAAAUUUACUCCUUAUGUUGGACCCAUCAUCCCCUGCAUUCUCAAGGCUCUGGCUGAUGAGAACGAGUAUGUGAGAGACACGGCACUGCGAGCUGGCCAACGAAUCAUCAGCAUGUACGCCGAGACUGCCAUCGCGCUGCUGCUUCCAGAGCUGGAACAAGGCCUGUUUGAUGACCUGUGGAGAAUCAGGUUCAGCUCUGUCCAGUUGCUCGGAGACUUGCUGUUCCACAUCUCUGGAGUAACAGGAAAGAUGACCACAGAAACGGCAUCAGAGGAUGACAACUUUGGAACAGCUGCAUCCAAUAAAGCGAUUAUUUCCGCCCUGGGAGCUGAGCGACGUAACCGUGUUCUCUCAGGCCUCUACAUGGGGCGCUCAGACACCCAGCUGGUGGUCCGACAGGCUUCUCUCCAUGUAUGGAAGAUUGUGGUGUCCAACACCCCCAGAACUCUCAGAGAAAUCCUCCCAACUCUCUUCACUCUGCUGCUGGGCUUCCUGGCUUCCACCUGCCCUGAUAAGAGAACGAUUGCUGCUCGGACACUAGGUGAUCUGGUGAGGAAGCUCGGAGAGAAGAUUCUUCCUGAGAUCAUUCCCAUCCUGGAAGACGGACUGCGCUCUGAUAAGAGUGAUGAGAGGCAGGGCGUCUGCAUUGGUCUCAGUGAGAUCAUGAAGUCCACCAGCAAAGAUGCGGUCCUUGUCUUCUCUGAGUCAUUGGUCCCUACAGUCAGGAAGGCCCUCUGUGACCCUCUGGAGGAGGUACGAGAGGCUGCAGCCAAAACGUUUGAGCAGCUCCAUGCAACCAUCGGACACCAGGCCUUGGAUGACAUCCUGCCUAUGCUGCUCAAACAGCUGGAUGAUGAGGAAACAGCUGAGUUCGCUUUGGACGGCCUGAAGCAAGUCAUGGCGGUGAAGAGUCGCUCUGUGCUGCCGUACUUGGUUCCAAAGCUGACGGCGCCCCCUGUUAACACCCGAGUGUUGGCCUUCCUGUCUGCUGUGGCUGGAGAUGCUCUGACCCGCCACCUCGGGGUCAUCCUGCCCGCCCUGCUCUCCUCCCUUAAAGGAAAGCUUGGAACAGAGGAAGAAGUGCAGGAGUUGUGCAGCUGUCAGACCGUCAUCCUCUCAGUGGAGGAUGAGGUAGGUCAACGGAUCAUCAUAGAAGACCUGCUGGAGGCCACUCGAGGCACCGACCCUGGCCUCAGACAGGCCGCCAUCACCAUCCUCAGGGCCUAUUUUGCUCGCACCCGCCUGGAUUACAGCACUCACACACGCACCCUGUUAUCAGGCCUUAUCCGCCUUCUGAAUGACUCCAACCCUGAGGUGCUGUCUCAGAGCUGGGACACCAUCAACUCCAUCACUAAGAAACUGGAUGCAAGCAGCCAGCUGGCUCUAAUCGAUGACCUGCAUCGGGACAUUAGAUCAGUAUCUGGAGACGUGAAGGGUCAACACCUGCCUGGUUUCUGUCUGCCCAAGAAGGGUGUGACCUGUAUCUUGCCAGUCCUAAGAGAAGGUAUCCUGACUGGCAGUCCUGAGCAGAAAGAAGAGGCAGCUAAAGCUUUAGGAGGGGUCAUCAAACUGACCUCUCCAGAGGCUCUACGGCCCUCAGUUGUGAACAUCACUGGACCUCUUAUUCGUAUCCUGGGAGACCGCUUUGCCUGGACGGUGAAGACCGCUCUGCUGGAGACUCUCACCCUACUGCUGGCAAAGGUGGGCAUUGCCCUGAAGCCCUUUCUGCCUCAGCUGCAGACCACCUUCCUGAAGGCCUUGCAGGAUUCCAGCCGUGCGGUGAGACUGAGGGCCGCAGAGGCACUGGGUCAGCUGGUUUCCAUCCACACAAAGGUUGAUCCGCUCUUUACCGAACAGCUCUCUGCCAUCCGCAACGCUGAGGACUCUGGAGUCAGAGAGACUAUGCUCCAAGCCUUAAGGUUCGUCAUCCAGGGGGCUGGAUCAAAAGUGGACCCAGCCAUUCGCAAGAACAUCACCACCACAUUACUGGGCAUGCUGGGACAUGAUGAGGAUGCAACCCGUGUGGCUUCAGCCGGCUGCAUCGGUGAGCUGUGUGCCUUCCUGUCAGAGGAGGAGCUGAAGAGUGUCUUACUUCAGCAUGUCUUAGCCGACAUGUCAGGUGUUGACUGGAUGGUGCGUCAUGGCCGCAGCUUGGCCUUGGCCAUAGCUGUCAAAUCUGCUCCUGAGAGGCUGUGUGGGAAGGAGUACUGCGACACUGUGACAGAGAUGAUUUUGGCCAACGCCACUGCUGACAGGAUUCCCAUUGCUACCAGCGGGAUCAGAGCUAUGGGAUACCUGAUGAGGCAUCAUCUCAGAACAGAGGGAAGUAGCAGUGUUUCACAGCGCACCAUCACACAGUUUGUUAAGUGUCUUCAGAAUCAGUCCAGUGACAUCAGACUGGUGGCAGAGCGGGUGCUGUGGUGGGUUUUCAAAGAUCCAUUAACACCCACCAUGGAAACCAGUCUCAUCAAGCCCUUGCUGAAGAGUCUGUUGGACAACACGAAGGACAAGAACACCACUGUCAGAGCCCAGAGCGAACACACCAUUGUCAACCUGUUACGACUCCGCCAAGAAGAGGAAACCAUGCAGGCUAUUACUGCCAUUUUGGAUUCUGCUAGUAACGACCUGCUGUCAGAGUGUCAUCGCCGAUCAUUGAAAAAAAUCGCCAGCCUGCCAGACUCUAAUGAAGAGAUCGAUGACACCAUAUUAACAUGAUGAAGCAGGACUUUACAAGAGAAGGAAAUCUACAGAUGUCAACAGAAGACCUGAUAAACAAAUCCUCAGUGUAUGAGAACCCCAGAUACUCAGCACACAUGCUCAAGUUUUGCUCUGCAUGAGCAGAGGCUGUGAUGGGUUGUGUUUUGACUGAAUUUUCCCCCUCAAAAAAGACAAAAAAGUUAUUUUUCUUCCCAUAACACUUUACAAUCAUUGUUUUAGUGGCCUUCAAGCCCAAAAUCUUACUUUUUUUUAUCUUGUGUAUUAUGCAGGUUAUUCUCCUGUAUUAAACUUAAUUUGGAAGAUGAAAUGCCAAAUCUGUUUUGAUAUUUCAGUGUUUUGCUACUUAUUUUACCAAACUGAUUUCAAGCAUUUAGACUGUCACUGAAAUGAAACAGCAACCCUGUCGUUAACUUUUAUUUGGACUUUGUGUUUGAGUUGUUUGGGGAAGGUAACUUCUUAUAAGACAAAUCAUUCUUAUCAGUGAUACUGUUGUAAAAAGGCAAUAUGAAAUAAAAACAAAAAGAUCUUGA